AUGAAGGACAAAGAUGCUGAAUCUGAUGAAAAAAAGAAAACUCAGCCGCUUUCUGAGACUGAGGGUGUAGGUCCGUACGCAGCUCCAAUUAGAACGGCCGACAAUGAUAUAAAGGACAUAAUUAACAGAAUCAAUAAACUAUCAGGUGUAAAGGAAAGCGACACUGGACUGAAUCCACCACAUAUGUGGGACUUGGUGCUCGACCAGAGGUCAUUACAGGAAGGAGCACCGCUGCAGGUCGCAAGGUGUACAAACAUCAUCGACCCCGGGACUCCUCAGGCCAAAUAUAUAAUCAACGUGAAGCAAAUCGCUAAAUUCGUAGUGGGCUUGGGAGACAAGGCGGCGGCAACGGACAUAGAAGAAGGAAUAAGAGUUGGAGUUGAUCGUAACAAAUAUAAAAUACAAAUAACGCUGCCGCCAAAAAUAGACCCAUCGGUCACGAUGAUGACAGUGGAAGAGAAGCCGAACAUAACAUACAACGACAUAGGCGGAUGCAAGGAUCAGCUGGAAAAGCUACGUGAAGUAGUAGAAAUGCCACUGUUGCAGCCAGAGAGGUUUGUGCAGCUGGGAAUAGACCCACCGAAUGGAGUGUUGCUGUACGGGCCGCCAGGAACAGGGAAGACGUUGACAGCAAGAGCAGUGGCGAAUAGAACAGACGCAUGUUUUAUCUGUGUUAUCGGAUCAGAGCUAGUGCAGAAGUACGUGGGAGAAGGAGCUAGAUUGGUCAGAGAAUUGUUUCAGCUGGCACGAAGUAAGAAGGCGUGCAUACUGUUCAUCGAUGAGGUGGACGCAAUAGGAGGCUCAAGAGGAGAAGACUCGUCAAACGGAGACCACGAAGUGCAAAGAACAAUGCUCGAAAUAGUUAAUCAACUGGACGGAUUUGAUUCAAGAGGAAACAUAAAGGUGCUUAUGGCAACAAAUCGUCCAGAUACACUGGAUUCAGCACUGCUGAGACCAGGAAGAAUAGAUAGAAGAAUAGAAUUUGGAUUGCCAGAUUUGGAGGGGAGAAAACACAUCUUUAAAAUACACUCGAGAACAAUGAGCGUGGAUAAAAACAUAAGGUACGAGCUGCUGGCGAGACUGUGCCCGAACAGCACAGGAGCAGACCUGAGAAGCGUGUGCACAGAAGCAGGAAUGUUCGCAAUCAGAGCAAGAAGAAAAAGCAUAUCAGAAAAGGACCUGAUUGACGCAAUCUCGAAGGUAAUCAAAGGAUACAAAAAGUUCUCAGCAACAGGAAGGUACAUGGUUUAUAACUGA